GGAAACGCAUUCUGAACUCAGCUACCUCCCUCCUGUUAUUGUGCAUAGAGCUUACAAGAGGACAGCUUUCUCCUGUGGAGGAUGCCUAACAGGCUGAAGACGCAGUCCUGAAGAUUGAUGGAGGGCCAUGCUAUUCAAACAGCAGGCGUUGCUGAGACAGAAGCUCUUUGUGCUAGGCAGCCUUGCUAUUGGAAGUCUCCUGUAUCUAGUCACCAGAGUUGGGAGCUUGGAUAGGCCUCAGCCUAUUUGCCCCAUAGAAGGUCGAUCAGAUCAGACCCACAUCCCUGAGCAAAUCCCCCUGCGCACCCUACAGUUCAAGCGUGGCCUGCUGCACGAGCUUAGGAAAGGCAACGCCACGACAGAACAGAUUCGACUUCACAACCUGGUCCGGCAGCUCCCACAAGCAAUCAUCAUCGGAGUGCGGAAAGGGGGCACCAGAGCCCUGCUGGAGAUGCUGAACCUGCACCCAGCCGUGGUCAAAGCCUCCCAGGAGGUCCACUUCUUUGAUAAUGACCCCAACUACGCCAAGGGCAUCGAAUGGUACAGAGGGAAGAUGCCCUUUUCUCACCCGCAUCAAAUCACCAUAGAGAAAAGCCCUGCCUACUUCAUCACCGAGGAAGUCCCAGAACGAAUCUUUAAAAUGAACUCGUCCAUCAAACUGCUUCUUAUCGUGCGGGAGCCCACGACCAGAGCCGUUUCUGAUUACACUCAAGUGCUGGAGGGCAAGGAAAGGAAGAAUAAGACCUACUACAAAUUUGAGAAGUUAGCCAUCGACUCCAACACCUGUGAGGUCAACACGAAGUACAAGGCAGUGCGCACCAGCAUUUACACAAAACAUUUAGAGAAGUGGCUCAAAUACUUUCCCGUCGAACAGUUUCAUAUCGUGGACGGAGACCGGCUCAUAACGGAUCCCUUGCCAGAGCUUCAGCUUGUGGAACAAUUCUUAAAUCUCCCAACAAGGAUUAGUCAGUAUAACUUGUACUUCAAUGCCACCAGAGGGUUUUACUGCUUGCGAUUUAACAUUGUCUUUAACAAGUGCCUGGCAGGUAGCAAAGGGCGAAUACACCCAGAUGUGGAUCCCUCUGUUGUUACCAAACUGCGCAAGUUUUUUCACCCUUUUAAUCAGAAAUUUUAUCAGAUCAUUGGAAGAACAUUUAAUUGGCCAUGAAGCUAAAUGUUUUUAACAUCUAAAUUAAAACUAACAGACCUUUAA